AUGGGGCACGCGCCUUCGCUCCCUCAUGCCCUUCUUCCUCUUUCCCCUCGCCUUCUUCCUCUUUCCCCUCACCUUCUUUCUGUCUCCUCCUCUCUUUUGUUCGCCUCCACUCUCUGCCUUCCCUCCACUCGCUGCCUUCCCUCAACUCUCUUCCUUCCCUCCACUCUCUACCUUCCCUCCACUCUCUGCCUUCCCUCCACUCUCUGCCUUCCCUCCUCUCUUUCUUCCCUCCUGGCAGAGCCAGUGGCGGCAAUGCUGGGCAAGCUGGCGGCGUAUGGCGUGGAGCACGUACCUACCAGAGGCAACACAGUGAACGCCACCAUGCCGGCUGCCACUGACUCCGUGCUCGCCCGCUUGCAUGGACACGCCGUGCUAUUGUCUGACCCUGCAAUCCCAUGCUCCCAUGCUCCCAUGCAUGUGGUGGUAUGGGUGAAGGACACACGGGAGAGGGCGGCACAAGCAAGUGGUUGUGUGGGUGAAGGACACAUGGGAGAGGGUAGGGGUCGAGCCUCACACGGACCUCAUAUCGUUCCACAUGCUGCCCUGCAGCCGGCCAUGGCACGCCAUGGCUCGAGCCCUCAUGGCCCGCCUGCCCCCGAGCUUCAUUGCUGUUCACUUCCUCUCAGAAUUUAUCGCCUUCCGACUGGCGCAGAGGCUAAAGAGGGACGGCAGACGGGCCAAUGCGAGCAUGGUGGAGGGAUGAUGACGGGGUGCAUGCGUGCAGCGCGGGAACUCAUACAACAGGUGCAGCAGGAGCCGCACACCACCGCUGUCUUCAUUGCUGCUGACGUGCCCUUCACUGCCCGCCCGACCACACCACAGGCAGGCAGUGAACAGGCGGGAGCCAAGCAAGGGGGAGGCAAACCUGGGGGAGGCGAGCCUGUGGGAGGGGAGCAAGGGGAAAGGGGAGAGCAGGAGGUGGUGCGGUCGGACUUGUGGGCGGAGACAACGUGGAGCUUUGGGGAGGGGGGGCGGGUGAGGGCGGCACCGCGGGACAGCCUGUGGUGUCAAGAUACUAAGGACAUCAAGACUUAG